AUGACGCUGCUCGCUUCGAACUACAAGAACGACCCGAUAGACGUAUUGGCCGGUGACUGGAUGAGCGAGGGCAAUAUGACUGUGAGAGCUGGAACAAAGAUCAAUGGCCAAGUCGACGCGUAUGAACCAACCUUCCUCGAAGCUCUCGAGCCCGCACUGCCUUAUAUCGCCAAGUACCGCAUCAAAGUCGCCAUCAAUGCAGGCGCCUCCGAUACGAAGAAGCUACAUGAGGUGGUCGCCAGAAUGGUCAAAGCGAAAGGCCUGGACCUCAGCAUCGCGUGGAUAUCCGGAGACGAAGUCCUGCCGCAUCUGCUUGAGACGCAGAAGCGCGGGGAUUCGCCAUUCGAGAACAUCUGUACUGGCGAGAGAUUAGGAGACUGGCAGUUUGAAAGCAUGUACGCCCAAGCAUAUCUUGGUGGACUUGGGAUUGCAAAAGCUUUCGAGAGAGGCGCGGAUAUAGUUGUGUGUGGGCGUGUGUCCGACGCAAGCCCCGUGAUAGGGGCUGCGUCCUGGUGGCAUAACUGGAAGCGCUCUGAUCUGGAUAAGCUGGCCAAUGCUUUUGUUGCUGGACACCUUUCCGAAUGCUCGUCCUACAGCACGGGCGGGAAUUACACUGGCUUCAAAGACCUCGAAUGCCUUGGCUGGGAGAACAUCGGCUACCCCAUCGUCGAAAUAUCGACCUCCGGCGAAGUCAUCGUUACAAAGAACAAAGGAUCUGGAGGUGAAGUCUCCGUCGAUACGCUUACCUCGCAAUUUCUCUACGAGAUUCAAGGACCGUGGUACUUCAACUCGGACGUCACUGCUAUUCUGGACGACGUAUCCUUCGAGCACAUCUCUACCAACCGUGUCGCCUUACGAGGGAUCAAAGGCGCACUACCCCCGCCUACUACAAAGGUCGGUAUCACCGCGAAGCCGAUAUACCAAGCUGAAAUGCACUGGUUCAUCACGGGGCUUGAUGCUGCCUCCAAAGCACGUAUGAUCGAGCAUCAGAUCCGUGCGCUCAUGGCCCCUCACAUUCAGAACUUCUUGCACCUUUCAUUUCAAACGAUCGGCUCCGUCCCAGAAAAUCCUACAAAUCAGAAUGCCGCAACCGUUGAUUUCAGAGUCAUUGCGCAGGCUCGCAAGGCGGAACAUCUAGCACCAGCCAAGUUCGUACGGCCAUGCAUCGACCCAAUAAUGUGUGCUUAUCCAGGCGCAACUCCACACCUCGAUCUACGACAGGCAUUCCCGAAAGAAGUGUUUGAGUACUACGUCACGCUGCUUCCGCAGUCGGUCAUUUCUCACCAAGUACAUCUCAGCACGGACGAGGUCAUCGAUAUACCGCCACCGUCGGAAACGAGAACAUAUCCCAAGAACCAACCUACCCAAGAUACUACCGCGAAAAAGUUCGACCUCGCAUCGUUUGGUGCUACGGUCCGCGCACCACUUGGGACAAUAGUACACGCACGCUCUGGCGACAAAGGUUCGGACUGCAACGUAGGAUUUUGGGUGCGCCAUGCCGAUGAAUAUACGUGGCUGCAGAACCUCCUUUCCACGGAAUUCGUCAAGCAGCUUCUUGCGGACGAAUACAAAGGAGGCAGGAUUGAAAGAUGCGAGUUCCCGGGCCUAAAGGCGGUACACUUUCUGUUGAAAGAUCACUUGGAUAGAGGAGUUAGUUGUACCCUCAGUGUGGACUUCUUAGGGAAGAACUGCGCGGAGUAUUUGAGGGCGAGGAUGGUGGAUGUGCCGUUGAAGUUCUUGGCUAGAGGGAGGAUUUGA